UUUUUUUGGAGGAGAAUAAAAAGUUUUAGUAUGAGUUUCAGCUUGCACAGCUGCCGUGAUUCAUUUGAUUGCGAUAGUUAAUUCCGUGAAAGGAAUUAGGAUCAUAUAAAAAACGCACUACGAUUCGCUGAGUUUAUUCGAGAAUAUAUGUGUAUAUAUGCGAUAAUAUGUAUUUUAUUUUAAUUGACGGGACACGUUAUUGAACAGAUUCAUGCAUACGUGGUAAUCUAAAACAAGACGGAGAAACUGUCGUUGGAGAUCAUUCUAUAAUUUCCAAAAAAAAAAAAUCUAACUAACUGCACGGAAAAAAAGACGAGCAGAAACACUGAAGCCAAGUUCUGAAAGAUGUCUGGUCCCACCUGGCUGCCUCCGAGGACUCUGGGUAGUCCUGAACGGUCAGGUGUCUCUGUCUCCGCCUCUGGCCCCCCCGCCUACAAACCGCCCAAGAAGGUCGCCAUGGCAACCACAACCAAGUACGGGGCCUACGACCAGAACGGGGGACCUGGCGUUGGCGUGGCAACCAGAUACCAGGCCACAGGGCCUACAGGUGGAAUGCCGUCGCCACACGUCCAUGCAGAGGAUUCUGGGACAGGUGGUUUCCUCUCCCCCAUGUCGGGGGAUCCCUACUACCCAUCACCCCCUGCAGCGAAGGAGGAGAAGGCCUCUUGGAACCACCCCGUGACUUUUGACCUUCAGGCGCCCGGAUCCCACCCCUCCAACAUCGACGCGGAGAUCGACUCUCUGACCAGCAUGCUAGCGGACAUGGAGAGCACCCCCCCGUACCCCCGUACCCCACGGGCACAGCCAGCUGACCGCUACAAACCCACAGCGCCACCUGGUGGGCAGCCCCAACCAGCCCCCAGCUACCACCACCCCCCCCAAAACCAACAAGCCCUCUCCCAACACCAACCCCACUACGCCACCGCGCCCGUGACCUCCUACACCCCCUCUCCCAGCGCCCAGCCCUACACCCCCUCUCCCAGCGCCCAGCCCUACACCCCCUCCCCUGCCCAGAAGAGUUACUCCUACCCUUCCCAGAGCUCCAAGCCCUACCCCCAGCCGGUGCCAGCCUCCUACACCACAGCCUCCACUCCCCCCGGCCCCAGGUUCAGCGUCCAGGUCCAAACGGCCCAGCCAGUCAGGAGCUAUUCCCAAACGGGACGGCCAGCAGAGCAAGCCUACGCCCCGCCUUCGCCCCGGCAGCACCCCGAACCCCCCUACAGAGAGCGAGCCCCCUAUCCUGACUCGGGACAGGGUUGGUACCCAGCUCCUCAGCUACCCUCGGAGGCUGCCAGCUCCCUGCCGGACGGUUCCAAUCGAGGGUAUCAGGGUUUUGCUGCUGCCCCUCCGGGACCCAGACCCUACCAGCCCAGCGCUGCGGGGCCAAAGAGGGGCCAGGAGGCCGUCCCGCCAGCAGCUGCCCCCCAGAUUGCGGGGUAUCCCCGAAACCAGGGUCCAGUCAACCGGCCGGAGGACGAGCUUGACCGGCUGACCAAGAAACUGGUGUACGACAUGAACCACCCCCCUACUGACCAGUACUUCGGACGCUGUGCGCGCUGCGGGGACAAUGUCCUAGGGGACGGGACGGGUUGCAUCGCUAUGGACCAGGUGUUCCAUGUGGAGUGUUUCACCUGCAUCACCUGCCAGUGCCGUCUGAGAGGACAGCCUUUCUACGCCAUCGAGAAGAAAUCUUACUGCGAGAACUGCUACAUUAGCACUCUGGAGCGGUGUUCGAAGUGCUCCCAGCCCAUCCUGGACCGGAUCCUGCGAGCGAUGGGGAAGGCCUACCACCCUCACUGCUUCACCUGCGUGGUGUGCAGCCGCUGCCUGGACGGAGUGCCUUUCACUGUGGACGCCACGUCCCAGAUCCACUGCAUCGAGGACUUCCACAGGAAGUUCGCCCCGCGGUGCUCGGUGUGUGGUAAAGCCAUCAUGCCGGAGCGUGGGCAGGAGGAGACGGUGAGGAUCGUGGCGCUGGAUCGCAGCUUCCACGUCAACUGCUACAUGUGUGAGGACUGCGGCUCGCUGCUGUCUUCGGAGGGAGAGGGGCGUGGCUGUUACCCUCUCGAUGGACACAUCCUGUGCAAGGGGUGCAGCGCCCGGAGAAUCCAGGACUUGUCUGCCAAAAUAUCCACUGACUGCUAAUGGCACCCUGCACCCUGCACCCUGCACCCUGCACCCUGCACCCUGCACCCAGCACCCUGCACCGUGCACCCUGCACCCUGCACCCUGCACCCUGCACCCUGCACCCUGCACCCUGCACCCUGCACCCGGCACCCUGCACCCUGCACCCUGCACCCUGCACCCUGCACCCUGCACCCUGCACCCUGCACCCUGCACCCUGCACCCUGCACCCGGCACCCGGCACCCUGCACCCAGCACCCACUUCUAACAGGGCUAGUGUGAGUUUGUAACCCUGCUCAAACUCCUGGCUCCUGAUCAUUUCAAUAUUAAUAAUAAUAACAGACUUCAUUGAGGGGAGUUCUGAACCCCAGGACUGGGUGCAGCAGCAGCAGCAGCAGCAGCAGGGCUAGUGUGAGUUUGUAACCCUGCUCAAACUCCUGGCUCCUGAUCAUUUCAAUAUUAAUAAUAAUAACAGACUUCAUUGAGGGGAGUUCUGAACCCCAGGACUGGGUGCAGCAGCAGCAGCAGCAGGGCUAGUGUGAGUUUGUAACCCUGCUCAAACUCCUGGCUCCUGAUCAUUUCAAUAUUAAUAAUAAUAACAGACUUCAUUAAGGGGAGCUCUGAACCCCAGGACUGGGUGCAGCAGCAGCAGCAGCAGCAGGGCUAGUGUGAGUUUGUAACCCUGCUCAAACUCCUGGCUCCUGAUCAUUUCGAUAUUAAUAAUAAUAACAGACUUCAUUGAGGGGAGCUCUGAACCCCAGGACUGGGUGCAGCAGCAGCAGCAGGGCUAGUGUGAGUUUGUAACCCUGCUCAAACUCCUGGCUCCUGAUCAUUUCAAUAUUAAUAAUAUCUUUGAGGGGAGUUCUGAACUCCUACUUUGAACAUUUCUAAUUCAACCAAUGGUCCUUCAAAAUGACUGUGCCGGAUAUCCUUGGCGAUUUUUAAACAAUUAUUAAUGCUUUAUUUGGAUGGGAACCUAAUGGGGGGGGGGGGGGGAAUUAUUUAAUAGAAUUCCACAGUGAAACCGGCUUAAUAUCAGUCCUGUUAAUAACCCAGUCUGUUUAUUCUACAUUGAAAUGUCCUGUGGGAAUUAUAGUGGGAGUCAAUGGGGCCUGAUCAUAUCCCUGAACACAUGUCUGGAUAUGAAGGUUUACAUUGAAGUGAGUUAUUGUGCAGGAUGGAGGAGUCCUGACUAGAAAGUACAGUCUAACCUACAGAACAAUGUUUACAGCUUUUCUGGAGUUUGAUUUCUUGCAACUCCGGCCAAAACUUUUGCAUCACGUAGAAUAAAAACUAUAUAAACUAUAAUUUCAGAUCUUUUAUGUAAUCAAAGAAACUACAACAUGAUUUUGCAAAAGUCUACCGGAAGCCAUAAUAGUAGUACAGUAUUUAAAGAUUUUGCUAAGUAUAUAAUAUAUAUAUAUAUAUAUAUAUAUAUAAAAACUACAAAACGAUGUGUGAUUCAAUAUGUUAACGUAACAUUAUUCAGCAGGUUUCAUUCAAAUGUAUGAAGCAACAUUAGUUCAUUCUAUAGGGUGAUGCAAAACUUUUGGCCAGAGCUGUACAGUGUAACCAACACAUGAUCCAAACUUUUUUUUUUUUGAAGAGAUAUUAGCAUGGUUGCUUCUACAAUACCAGGGUAAACUAAUGCCUUGUAUAACCAUGGGGGGGAAAGCAUGGUGAAAAUGCAGAAAUAGUUUUUUUUAUAAGGGAACCUUGUCAAAAAAUGAUCUCUUUUCUUUUGUUUAAUAUUGAGAGGUUCCCUCCAAACUAGACACUCUGUCUGUCUGUCUGUCUGGGGGCCUGAGAAGUCAGUCUGUCCGUCCGUAGAAGGGAGUGAAGCCACUCCCAGAAAUAUUACCUGCUGUGGGCUUCCGUUCGUUAUAUAGAACUCAAAUGAGCAGCUUUGAAAUUGUCCCCCACCCCUGUUCUUUAAUUGGGUGUCUAAUGCUGUAAUAAACACGGUGACCACCGGGGGGCAGCGUUGUAACGCCUGUGUUAAUUCUGUUUUUUCUUUAUUUUUUCAUAUGUAACAUAGGCUGGAUCGGCCAAAAGCCAUCUAGUCUGUAUUAAGCUGUGUCACCCGAGUCCAGGAGCUGCUCUUCAGUUCUGGUUGCCAGCUGUAGUUAUAUGUAACACACGCUAGAUCAGCCACCUAAAAGAGCCAGCGCCAUCUAGUGGCUGAGCUUUUUUUUAUGCUGGCAAUACAGUGCUCUAGAUGGUGCUACUUAUAGAGAUGAAGAUAUAAAUAUCGCCUGACCUAGCCUGUGUCACAUAUGUCUAGAAGAAUGUAUGUGGACUUGUGUGUGUGGAAGGUACACACGUAUGUUAAGAAGGAGGUUUCUGUGCUGUUGCAUCACGCCUGUACUUUCUGUGUACAGUUUGGUACAGAUCUGCCUAGUGAUGGAUUAAUAAAGGUCUAUGUUUUACAGUA